GCGACCUCCUCCCCAGUGCGUUGCGGUCACGUGACUGUGGAAAAGUGUCCCAUUAAUGGAGCUCCUCUCCUGUCAGCAGCAGGAGGAGCGAAGCGCGCAGCAGAGAGCGGGACAUGGAGGAGGAGACAGCCGCGUAGCGCAGCGCAGCAGCGGCCAGAGAGAAGACGGAACCCCGCGCUGCACCUGUUGGUGACCCGUUGGAGGAAGGAGAGAGAGAGGAGGAGGAGGAGGAGGAUAUUCGCUUCACCUCCAACUUUUUCACAACUUAAAUUCUGAGCCUCAUUUUCCAGCUCAAACGGAGCCAUGAGCAGCGCCACCCAGCAGCCCGGCGCGCGGCUGUGCGUAAAAACGCAGUGAGGAUCUGAAGGAGUUGGUGAAACUUUGGACACUCUGAGACUGAAGACAUCUCGGCCCGUUUGUUGGUCCAGGUCGGUUCGGGACAAUGCCUCGGCCCGGGAGGAACACCUACAGCGACCAGAAGCCUCCGUACUCCUACAUCUCUCUGACGGCCAUGGCCAUCCAGAGCUGCCCGGAGAAGAUGCUGCCCCUCAGUGAGAUCUACAAGUUCAUCAUGGACCGGUUCCCCUACUACCGGGAGAACACGCAGCGCUGGCAGAACUCCCUGCGCCACAACCUCUCCUUCAACGACUGCUUCAUCAAGAUCCCGCGCAGGCCGGACCAGCCCGGGAAGGGCAGCUUCUGGGCCCUGCACCCGAACUGCGGAGACAUGUUCGAGAACGGCAGCUUUCUGCGGCGCAGGAAGCGCUUCAAGGUGGGCGGCGUGCAGGUGACGGACCCGCUGGGCCCCAGCAAGCCGCAGGACGCCGCGCACUACCUGCAGCAGCAGGCCAAGCUGCGGCUGAGCGCGCUGCACGCCGCCGCGCACCUCCCGCAGGUCCAGACCGGCUACGGGCUGAGCACCGUGACGCAGCCGUCCAGCUUCAAGCACCCGUUCGCCAUCGAGAACAUCAUCGCCAGAGAGUACAAGGUUCCGGGCGGCCUGACUCCCUUCCCAACCGCCGGGUACCCGCUACACAACCAGCUGGGCCCGGCCUGGCCGCACAUGUACGGGCCGGGCGUGAUGGACCCCGCCGCCCCCAUCUCCAUGGCCGCCGGGGACUACUCGGCCUACGGCAUGCCGCUAAAGACGCUGUGCCCCGGCGGCCAGACUCUGCCCGCCAUCCCGGUGCCCAUCAAACCCGCGCCCGGCCUGCCCGCUCACAUCCCGGCCUUCCUGGCUCACUCCCCGCGGUCCCUGAGCCCGACCUCCCCGCAGAGCAGCCCGGCCGCCCCCGCAGAAGCGCUGCAGUCCACGGUGGCGGUGCACUGAUCAGGACACGCCGUGCGUGGAAAACUGCGGGUUCAUUAAUGCGGAGACCUUUGACCUCCUGCGGUUCCUGGACAAAGGUUCGACGCAGAGACUUGAAACUGAUUGAAAACGAAUUUUAAUUUGUUUUUUUUGUUCAGAACUGAAAUUUUCCGUUGGUCCAAAUGAUCCAGACGGACCAGAACCGGAACCAGAACCGCUGUCGGGCCGUUAGUGGGGCCGGCUGUCUGCAUGCUGCUGGACUCAGUGUUUCUGACGCAUGUGUGUCUCCUCAUCCAGAACCAAACGGGAAGCGUUCUGGUUGCUUCUUUCUGCUUCCAUCAUUUCUGUAAAAAUUUAAAAACAUAUUUAAAAAAUAAGAUUAAUUUAUUUCUGUCUGCUGAUGAUUUUUUCAUGAACAUUAAUCAUUUUUUGCGACAAUU